GUGUUUAACAAAACAUCAUUUGUUGCAAAGAAAACCAGAAACAAUGAUGAUCAGGUGAUGGUGAUAUAGUUUUCAGCCUCAUAAAGCAGAGUAGUUUACUAAACUUGUUCCUGACCAAAAGUGACUAUUUGUUAUUAAAAUGUUAUAUUCACCAAUCAAGAAUUUUAGAGAGCUGUAGUAUAAGCUGGGUUUUAUUGGUAAGUGCUGAUUAAGUUGACAUAGAAUGUCUUUCAGCCAUAAUGACAACUAAUUGUAAGGAUAGUCCUUGUAUAUCCUGGAUAAAAAUGAUUUGGUACGAUAUUGAGCUUUUAAGGGUAACAAACUACGUACCAGCUACAUUCUGAGCUGUAAAAUAUUGCAGUACCAAAAUGCAUGCAUACAUGCUUAAUUCUUAUCGUCUAUCAUUAGUCUGAAUGCAAGACUGGAAAGAUUAACAGGAACUUUACAUCACUCUGUUACUUAUAUUGCAAGAAGAAAAAAGACUUCAGUAACUCCACCCCCAUUUACAGUAUAUUUAUUCAGUGUUUUGCCACGAGAAAUCAAUGUCAUCUUCAUCAUGACCAUCAUCAUCUCUCUGCUCCUGCUGGCCUCUCUGCUGCCACACCUGACCUUCACUGCUCAUGUGAGUGUGCGUGUAGUGAACGGCAGGGAAGACAUACCCCACUCCAGACCUUACAUGGUUUCUGUUCAGAAGAACAGGAAUCAUAUCUGUGGUGGAUUCCUCAUUUCUGAUCAGUUUGUCUUGACUGCCGCACAUUGCUGGAAUGGAAAAGAGGUUCUGACGGUUGUGGUUGGUGCUCAUGACUUAAGCGAGAGUUCAGAUCAUAUCGAUGUGCUGUCCUACGAACCGCAUCCAGACUAUAUAUUCAAUCCUUAUCGGAAUGACAUCAUGCUUUUGAAGCUACAGGAAAAAGUCGAACUAAACAACAAUGUUAAAUGGAUAUCCUUACCAAAGAAAGGAGAAGACGUGGGAACAGAUACUGUCUGUAGUGUUGCCGGCUGGGGAGGAGAGAUGAUUAAUAGCCUACCGACUAAUCGUCUAAUGGAGGCAAAUGUGUCUAUAAUGAACAACAGAGAAUGUAGCAAUAAAUGGGGAAGGUACUACUACAAAGAAUCACAGAUGAUGUGCACAUAUGGCCAUGGUGGAUCCUGCCAUUAUGAUUCAGGAGGUCCUUUGGUUUGUGGAAACACUGCAGUUGGUGUCACAUCAUUUGCAUAUGUCAAGCUCUGCAAUUCACCUGACUAUCCUAAUGUGUAUACUAAGAUUUCACCAUAUCUUGAAUGGAUCGACAACAAAAUUAGAAAUGUGAAUUGAGUUAAAUUCUUACGUAUGUAACUUUCAAUAAAGUAUCACAUGGCAAGCAUCAUUUAUUCAAAGAGUC